UAGGAGCACGUCCACAUUGUCCUAUGAGAAUGAGAAGUCAUUCUGGAGCACAGCUCUUCCCACAGUCCGGGCCCACACACCCAGCUCCACUCCAUCAAAGGAGCCCUGCUGCCUGCCCACCCACCCUGGGUGCUUUCUGGCUUGGAGUCCUCUUGGCAGACAUGAGGCAACGAUUGCUCCCAUUCGUCGCCAGCCUUCUCCUUGUGGCCUUGCUGUUUCCAGGAUCGUCUCAAGCCAGACAUGUGAACCACUCAGCCACUGAGGCUCUCAGAGAACUCGGGGAAGGAGCCCCUGAGCAAGGCACAAAUGGGUCUCAGCUGCUACACCACCCAGUGAAACAGGACCUCUUACCACCGCGCACACCACCUUACCAAGGGGAUGUUCCACCGGGAAUUAGAAAUACCAUCUGCCGUAUGCAGCAGGGGACCUGCAGACUUUUUUUCUGCCAUUCUGGUGAGAAAAAGUGUGACAUUUGCUCUGAUCCCUGGAAUAGGUGUUGCGUAUCAAUACAGAUGAAGAAGGAAAAGAGAAACCAGAGAAGGGAUGGCAGAUCUGGGAUCUAAAAUAUAAGCUCCUGGAAGGCAGGGAUCUUGAAGUAUCCCAAGGGCUUUAAAGGAAUGUGUGGCUUGUAGUAGGUGUUCAAUAAAUAUUUGUUGAAUGAAUUUAGCACCAAAGGUGAAGAGCUGAUAAAAGCCUUUUUUUAACUUCCUUA